AUGACUACCAAAGUAAAAACGAAACUAGGCGUCCUUGUGGGAGCAAAAAGAAAAACUCAAAAUGGUUUCGAAUAUGACGAGUUCCUUAACAUACCUUACGCCAAACCUCCUGUUGGAUAUUUACGAUUUAAGAGUCCCCAGCCACCAGAUCCAUGGCAAGAAGAAAGAAAUAGCACGGUAUACAGUGAGUCCAACCUUUGCAUACAAUAUGAUAUUUUUAAGAGAAUACCUCGAGGUAGUGAGGACUGCCUCUACAUAAAUGUCUCCACGCCAAAAGUCCCUACAGCAGGUUUACUAAUGCACCUAUUACCAGUCAUGGUGUUCAUUCACGGUGGAGGUUUCUUCUUCGGAAAUGGUCUAGCAAAGUUUGAAAAUGGUCCCGACUACCUGAUAGAACAUAAUGUCGUUGUAGUCACCAUGAAUUACAGACUCAGUGCUUUGGGUUUCCUCACCUUAGACAUACCUGAAGCUACCGGUAAUAUGGGACUAAAAGAUCAAGCACUGGCAUUAAAAUGGGUUCAAGAAAACAUUGCAGACUUUGGAGGAAAUAAGGAUGACGUCACAAUAUUCGGUAUUGGUGCUGGAGCAGCUUCCGUAGAAUAUCAUAUUAUAUCUCAUUCAAGUACAGGUCUUUUCCAUAAAGCUAUAAUGCAAUCAGGAUCAGUUCUCAAUCCCUGGGCUUUCGAUACAUCGAAUAAAAUUAAAGAUCUUGCUUUUAAAUUGGUACGACAGCUAGGCUAUCAAGGUCCGCAGAACGACUCUCGUGGGAUUUAUGAACAUUUAAUGAAUACACCUGCCGAACACAUAGUCGCAGCAACUUAUCAAAUUCAAGAACUUCUUACAGCAAAAGGAUUGUACUACGGAUUUGUUCCAACAAUUGAACAGAAUUUUGGAUAUGAAACAGCAUUUUUGACAGAAAUACCAUACGAGUUAUUGAGCUCAGGACGAUUUAACAAAGUACCAAUUCUCAGAGGCUUUACUGAUUCAGAAGGAUUUAUAAUCAGUGGUCUAAAACCUCAAGACAUCAAAGAAAUAAUUAUGUUUCAAAAUUAUGUUGAUUUUUGGCGAUUUCCUUUCAAUGCUACAGCUGAUACUUACUAUUACAAUGAAAGAUUACGAAAUGUUUACAAUAGUUACAAUGGCAACGACACUGAGAGGCCUGCUAUAGAUUUCUUUGGAGACUUUGAAUUUGUCAGUGGUAUCAUUAUCAGCUCCAAGUUAUUGGUGAAGAACGCUGUGCCAGUUUAUUUAUAUAAAUUCUCGUAUGACGGUACAUUGAAUCUUAUAAAAGCAGCAAGUCGUGUCAACAAGAAAGGAGCCGGUCACGCAGAUGAUACAGCAUACACAAUACAAAUAGAGCCACUAAGGAAUCUCACAGAGAGUGAUGUUACCGUCAGGGAUAGGAUUUCAACAAUGUGGACAAAUUUUGCUACAUUCUCGAACCCGAUUCCGAACACCAGUAAUCUGUUGCCCCUUCACUGGCCCCCCUACAGCACCGGUGACCAAUUCCUCAUGGUGAUCAACAAAGAACUCUCUACGUGUUCUAAGUACGCAGAAGAGCGGAUACAAAUAUUUGAAGAUAUUAUGAAGAAAUAUCAUAGAUAG